AAUGUAUUGAAAGCAGCACAGGUCCACCCGGUGGAGCUGUGUUAUUGAGAGGUCAUACAUUUUCGCAAAACAACGACUGUAAACCAGAGAGACAAGAUGUCUGAAGAUCUAUCCCUCAACAUAAACAUCAAGGAGCCAAGAUGGGACCAGGGCACGUUCAUGGGGCGCGCCAAGCACUUCUUCAUGGUGACAGAUCCCAGGAACGUCCUGCUGUCCUCGGACACUCUGGAGGACGCCAGAGUGACCAUGGAGAACUACAGAUCUGGGGUGGUGAAGCCUGGCCUGACAGAGGAUGAGCUCUGGAGAGCCAAGUACGUCUACGACUCCGCCUUCCACCCCGACACCGGGGAGAAGAUGUUUGUGAUUGGCCGGAUGUCCGCUCAGGUGCCAGUGAACAUGUCCAUCACCGGCUCCAUGCUCACCUUCUACAGGACUACUCCGGCAGUGGUGUUCUGGCAGUGGGUCAACCAGUCCUUCAACGCCGUCGUCAACUACACCAACCGCAGCGGAGACGCACCAAUGAGCGUGAAUCAGCUUGGUGUGGCCUAUAUCAGCGCUACUACUGGAGCUGUAGUCACUGCCUUGGGAUUCAAAACUCUAGCUUCGCGUCUCCCUCCAAUCGCCAGCCGGUUUGUCCCCUUCGCUGCAGUUGCUGCUGCUAACUGCAUCAACAUCCCUUUCAUGAGGCAGAGGGAGUUGAAGUUCGGUAUCCCUGUGAUGGAUGAGAAUGGGAACCGGUUAGGAGAGUCCCCCAAUGCCGCCAAGCAGGCCAUCAUGCAGGUGGUGGUGUCAAGGAUCGGCAUGGCAGUGCCAGCAAUGGCCAUUCCCCCUGUUAUUAUGAAUUCCCUGGAGAAGAAAGCUUUCAUGAAGCGGUUCCCACUUCUAAACGCUCCAAUCCAGGUUGGACUCGUCGGUCUAUGCCUGGUGUUUGCAACUCCUCUGUGCUGUGCCCUCUUCCCACAGAAAAGCUCUAUGAGUGUGAGCGGGCUGGAAGCAGAUCUGCAGAAGAGGAUACGAGAGACCAGUCCCAAGACCACCACCGUUUUCUUCAACAAGGGCCUGUAGGAUCUCACAAUACAUCUCCACACACUGCAGACACACACACACACACACAUUUACACACACGUCUGUUAUCCCAAGGGCACAAGUGGGAGGGUAAAACAAAAUGUAUUUAUGUUCCUUUUUUGUAUGUACAAUCUUUCGAAUUUGACUGAGCUGCUCGAAGUUUGACAAUUUAGGGUUAAGGCGUUGAGAAUAUUGAAGGUAAAAAAAACAACACUGACAUUGCUCUCUGUGUACAUAGAUGACACUCCUUACAAAGAAAAUAAUGAACAGUUUUUAUUGUAUUGUGGUGUGUUUUCUGUCUUCCUUCCUUCCUUUGGUCAAAACUGCCUUUUAGGGGGUCAGUUCAUGAAGUUAUUGAUUUGUUUUUCACUCACCAAUAUGUAUAUGUUGCAUUUAGAUUCCUCCAUGUUUUAAGUACUUUGCUAAAUUGUUGUGCUUAUAUUGGCGUUUGGUUGGUCUCCCUACAUUUAGUUUUCCACUUUCUAAUUAUUUUCUAGCCAGAGAUACAAUAUUCUGCUUUUGAAAAUAGUAUACUACACUGACUAGUAUGUAUAGAUUCUUGCCACCAAUUAAUGUCCACCUUGUAGUUCAACCAUGUGGCCAUACUAGAAAAAUGAUGUUUAUUAGCUCUGAAUAGUCUUUUUGUUGUACUCCUUGUUAACCGGAGCAGCUUACUCUCUUCAUUUCUCCUUUAAGUGUACUUAUACCCCUUUGUGAUAAUAGAUCAGGUAAUCAGGUGCAGUGUGGCAGAGAAGAACAAUUGAAAUGAUAUUGCAAAAGCCCUCAAAGCACAGCCGCAGAGGGCAUCAGCGAAACCAUUAGUGCGUGUGCUUUUGAUCAACGUAAAUGAACACUUGCCAUGGCAGUGACAGCCUUCUGUUGUUUGAGAUCACUUUCUAAACUAGUGCCGUUGCUAUCUUUAGGGUCAUAUUAAUGAUGUUAUUGUUGUAGGUGGUGGUGCUUGUGUCAGGUGGAGGAAUAUUGUUUGUAAUGUGUCUACAUGUUGCUAAGAUGAAAUGAUGUGACUUGUGUGUUCUAAGCACAGCCACAUGCAGAAGACAGACAAUAAUGUUAUGCUGUUUCGGCCACACUGGAACUGAAGCGUUGAGUGAGCAGGUCGGAGGAAGCUCUUUCAUUUCAGUUCCUCCUUCGGUGAUGCAGGUUUUAUAUGUGCAACCGCUAGCCAGCCAUGUGCGAAACUGUUGUUAGCACUGGAGCCAUUGAUGACCCAUUGUACCAAAUGGAAAUGGUUGUUGUUGUUGUUGGACAAAAUCAAAAUACGGAGCACAGUGUUUGUUGUUGCGUUGUUGCAGUGGAUAGAUUGGCUGAGUGUAACUGUGUGGUGAGAUAGUGAUGGUGUACGUGAGUAGAUAUCACAUGAAGUUAUCCCAGUGUCGUCUGUUGGAUUAUGCAAAAAUACAUAUUUUUUGGAUAUAUUUCUAAAUAUAUAUAUAUGAUGUACAAUAUAUGGAGCACAUAUGCACGAGGAAUAUAAGAGAUUGUAGCUUUAAGGUGAGCCUGUUAGUGAAUUCACCAGAUGGCAACACAUAUGCAUCGGAAACAAUGUCAGCUGCUCGUAUUGACGGAGAACAGAGAGAGGGGUUUGCUGCAAACUCAUUCGAGCGAGUGCACCUUUUAGGGCUUAUGAGUUUUCAGAUUAGAGGGGCGCUCCUCUAGUGGGAAUUAACUUGAUAACGUGUACACAGUCAUAGAUUUAAAACUAUGAUUCAAUAUUUAUGUAAAGUGAUGUUUUGUGUAAAACUAUACCCAACAUGAAGAUUGUACAGGCCUUUUCACACGUAAAUUCACCUCCAUUAAGCUCCUGUAGUCACUGGUUUCUAAAAAGGUGUUACAGUGAUGCAUUUAAAGUAAACUGAUUGUGGGCACUGAAGCAUCCGCACAAUGAUUGUGUUUAUGUGAUCCUACAAUUCAAGGGUUUAAUCCCAAAGUGCUAUCAGAUCAUUUUAUAAACCCACAGACCCUAUCCUGAAAUACCGUCUUGAUAUGGCUCCUCACUUCUUUAGGAGAAUUAUUGUAUUAUUUUGUCUAAUUUGAAAAGGAAAUGUUUCUUUGAACUCUCCAUUUUCAUUCAAAAACAAACACUCAUUCCCCCAGAUAAUAGAUAACUGUUUCUGUAACACUGAGACAUGAUCACACGCACUGCCGGACAGUGUUUCAGAGUUAGAUUCACUACUGUAUUCAAACAUUCGAUACCAUGGCUGCAUCAUUAAGAGAUAUUUGUGUGUUGUGUUUGGGGUGUUUUCCUGCGGAGGGUGAAACGGCACUAUAGCCUUUGCGGUGCUAGGAUUUGUAUUACUAUUUAAAAUGUUUAAUGUUGAUUGUAUUUGUUAAUGGUGCUGGACGAUGUAGAAUGAACUAUGGUUACUGCUAAUUAGUAAUUCAGUCAUUGUCUGGCAGAUUUCAUUGCUCAUAACCAAGUAGCUUUAGCUUGUGCUUUAUUUCCUUUUGUGUUUUUCUUUUCUUUGAAUUAUGGCACGAAAGUGUCAAGAACAAAACUGAAGGUUUUUACCAUUUGAAUACAUUUGUAAACAUCUCAGCUUCGGCCUGUAUCGUACCACCGUAACGUGUCGAACUAAUGGAUCUAGCCAAAGAUGAGACGGGUAUGGAUUGUGGAGGAAUGAGGAGCAGAAGGGUGUAGCUUUGAAUAUUUAUGUUUCAGCUUUAACUUACGGACCUUUUGCCAGACUUUCUGCUGCAAAAACAUGUUUUCCAUUAUAUUUCUUAUUAGAAAGGGUCCUCAACUUUAUCAGUGUAACCCACCAAAUCUUACAAAAACAUUGCAACGUUAACAAAUAGCAUCUAAAAUAAAUGCCAACACACAUUUUAGUUAAAAGUCCUGUUUUUGGCCUCGAUGUUACAGCCAUUACAAUACAAUCUCAUAACAAACAAGAUAGCACAAGUUAAUGUUGUCACACUGGUUGAAAACCCACUCAUUUAUAACUUUGGUUGUGUGUGCCAUGAAGAAAAUGUUGAAUCUUUGCAUACUGAAGGCUCGAUGGAAAGACAAUCUGUUAUUGUUACACUCCUUGAAUGUUUUGGUUGUUUCAUGUACAUAAACUUCCACAUGUAGUCCUGUCAGUAUUGGUGCUGUGCUUUCUCUCUCUAUUUUCUAUUGUGUUGAAAUAUAUAUUUCCAUGAUGUGGAAUGUAUUUUACUCAGAGCAAUAGAAUAAAACAUAUAACGUUAAAGUCCAAACCUGUCUGCUGAUUUGACUUUAUUAAACAUUGUAUAUUACAAAUGUUCUUUAAUGUUAUCCUGCUUGUGGGGAAAUAAAGAGUGGAACACCCA